GAAGCCUCCGGACGCUCCGCUCCACGAGGCCAACCUCAAUAAAGACGACUUCCUGUUCGACCCGUGGAAAGGCGCGGGGGGGGGGGGGGCAGCGAGAACGACGUCUUCCUAUUGGAUGAGAGCACAAAGCCGGUCGGCCUGCGCAAAGACGAUGGAGGUUUGGAGGCUGAGGGUUUCCUCCUCAGUCUCGGAUCUUUGUCGUCACUAAAACCUCAGACAGACGACGGGUCAAGUACUGGAUCCUCCGGAGAUGGACCUGGUUCUGACCUCUGGUUCUGGCCCCCCCUGCCGGCCUCUGAGGGGGUAGUCAGCAUGGAGGCUCUGCCGCCGCCGGACCUGGAGGAUGAGGAGGAAGAGAAACAGGAAGUCAUCACCAAAGCUCCUCCUCUGCAGACGACUGCCGCUCCAACUUUGGAAGGAGGCCUCCAGGAACCCUUAAUGGACCUGGACCUGGUGACGCUGCAUAUCAGCACUGACCCACGGUUCUUCAUGACCCACAAGGCUCCGGUGUUCUGGCCACAGGGGACCCUGAUCGUUGAACUAAAAGAGGCUUCUGGCAUCUUCGAUGAAAACGUCUUUAACGGGAACUCCAUCACCGGGUCUCCAGACCUGCAGGACUGGACUCUGGAAGCUCCGGUCUUCGCAGGACCUACAGCGGUCUAUCUUGUAGAGACCACAAAAGAAGAAGCAGCUGUGGAGCCUGCAGAUGGGUCUACAUUAGAAGAAGAAGUCCCGGAAAAACAGGAAGUCCCUCAAGAAGAAGAAUACAGCAUGGGUUCAACCACAGAAGAGGAGUUUUCCGUAGAGGAACCCAACCCUCUGCUCCCAGGAACCGGACCUUCUGAAGCGGUGGAGGUUUUGGAAGAGCAGCACUUCAGCACUGCUUAUCCGGUAACCCCGGUGCCGGCAGUCUUCCUCCCUGUGGAGGACCUGGUGGAGGACGAGGUGAUGGUCGUCCCCACGUCGCCGCCUUCGCCCUCCGUCGGCAUCGCCAUCUCUCCGGAGAACGACUCUCCGUUCACCCGGGUCUCGGACUUGGAGCCGGAGGACGAGGAGGCGCUACACCGUGAGCUCCAGACCCACGAAGAAGAAAGUCCAACCAGUGCCCCGACGGCAGGUGCUCCUGAUCUGACGCCGAUGGUCCUCGAUGGAUUAGAAGACGUAGAAAUGGUGCCAACCCUCCGAACAUCACCCUCCUCUCCACAGGAAGUGCCCCCCCCUUUGGAGCCGGACUUCUCCGACGCACCGAGCUUCGACGUCUUCCCGUUCAGCAGCGUGAUUUCUGAAGGCGACGGCAGUGGUUCUUCCAGCGGGGCUCUGGGGGCUGAGCUGGAGGUACCCUCUCCGACGGGGCCCCCUGGUGGCCGCGCUCUGACGGUGUUCUUCAGCCUGAGGGUCACCAACAUGGCGUUCUCCAUGGAUCUGUUCAACAAGAGCUCUUCAGAGUACAGAGCUCUGGAGCAGCGCUUCACACAGCUGCUGGUUCCGUACCUGCAGACCAACCUGCACCAUUUUAAGAACCUGGAGAUCCUGAACUUCAGGAACGGCAGCGUGGUGGUGAACAGCCGGAUGGUGUUUGGACGCCCAGUUCCUCGCGGCGUCUCCAAUGUCGUCCACCUCGUCCUCGAGGACUUCGCCAACGCCGCCUACCAGACCAUGAACCUGGACAUCGACAAGUACUCUCUGGACGUGGAGGCCGGCGAGCGAGCUGACCCGUGUAAGUUCCAGGCGUGUAAUGAGUUUUCACGCUGCGUGGUGAACCGCUGGUCCGGCGAGGCGGAGUGCGUUUGCGCCGUGGGCUACGUUAGUGUGGGCGGGCUGCCGUGCCAGAGCGUCUGCGACGUGACGCUCGACUUCUGCCUGAAUGAUGGGAAGUGUGACGUCCUGCCCGGGAAGGGCGCCAUCUGCCGGUGUCGUGUUGGAGAGAACUGGUGGUACCGCGGGCAGCACUGUGAGGAGUUUGUCUCCGAGCCGCUGGUCGUCGGCAUAGCGAUGGCCUCCGUAUUCGGUCUCCUGCUGGUGGCAGGAGGGAUCGUCUACUUCCUGUCCAGGACGCUGAGGGAGCGCUACGACGGGGAGGACAGCGAGGACCCAAUCAGGUUUGGUGAACCGACGUUAGAGCGCAGUGCUAAGCUCCCAGCGGUUCUGGACGGCGGCCCAGUGAGGGCGCAGUUCUACCAGCGCUACGAUGACGACGCCCCGCCGUACAGCACCGGGUCCAGAGACCCGAGCGACGAGACCAGGACCCACUACGAGAACAGCUUGCUGACAAAGGAGGAGAUCCAGGAGCGUCUGAGGAUCAUCGAGCUCUGCUCCAGAGACCAACACUUCGCCGACUUCAUGAGACAAACUCAAGUUUUCCUGGAGCGGAGAGGUAGCUCCUCCACAUAAACCUCCAGAAAGCUGCCUUCGUCCUGAUUGGAGGAUUUCGCUGCUCCCAUCGACUCCCCUGGAGGUGAAGGUGACACUGAAACACUUUGGCAUUGUAUUUUGACAAGACUCUUUCUGGACCUGAACUCUGACCUCUGAUUGGUCGCCUGUCACUUCCUGUUCAUUCUGUUUAUACUCUUCCAAUCACUGCUGCUCUUAAUCUUAUUAACAACCUUUUAAAUCAUUCUUAAACUGCUUUCUGAACUCUUUGUAAAGACUUUUAAUCUGAAACUCCACUCUGUUGUUUGUACUUCCUGUUUUCACGUCGCUGAUCAUCGGAGGAACACGUUAGCAUCACAUUAGCUUGUUAUGCUCGGCGUGGCUCCCCGUCAGUGCCUUCACGCUCCGUUAGCGUCCGUUAGCAUUAGCAUCUGUUAACUCAGGCCUCUGACACGUGAUAUCGGUUUUCCUCAUUAAAACUCAUCGCAGCCAAUCAGCUGCUUCACCAUGUUUACAUCUCUCUGCGUACUGUUAGCAUUUAGCUACGUCUAGCCUAGGAAUCCAAAGAAAGCAAGGCAUUUCCAAAAGUAAUUUUCUCAUUUCUGACCCUGCAACUUUAAGCUAUUGGUACGAAGUAUUUUGCUAUUUUUUUUAAAUUCAAGAUAUCAUUUUGUUGUGAUCUUGUUGAAAAAGUCAAAUUGAAAUGCAGAUUAUUUUUCGCAUUUUUAUGAACAAAGUAAAACAAAAAAAUAAUAUUGGAGAAUUUAAAUUGAGGCCAAUAAAAACCCUUCUUAACGUUUAUUAGUUUUGAUUAUUUGAAUUUCCUUUGUUUGUUUACUUGAAAAAUGAAACUCAGAUUUGUGGUUAGUUUUUCUGUUUUUAGGUUUCUUGUUUUUAGAUAUGAAAUAAGUUUGUGUUGUUUUGUGUUUUAUAUUCUAUUAUAGAGAAUAAAUAAA